CUAGUUACCGGCUCCCACCCAGCCGGCCCCGGAGAGCCUCUGCCCCGUCACCCCCGCCCCCCCCAGGGCAGCCAGCCGCGGCCCGAGCCCCAAGUCCCGAGGCGGGGGAGGCAGGAGGGACCCGGCCGUCCAGCCAUGUCGGUGCGCAGGUCCCCGCUCUUCCUGUGCGCCCUGGCGCUGGCCGUGGCGCUGGCCCCGGGGGAGGUGGUGGAGAAAGGGGCCGGCGGCGGGCAGCCCCCCCCGGGGCCCGAGGCGGAGGAGCCGGGCUGCCCCGUCUGCCUGUGGCGGAAGCACAGCAAGGAGCUGCGGCUGGAGACCAUCAAGUCGCAGAUCCUGAGCAAGCUGCGGCUCAAGGAGGCGCCCAACAUCACCCGGGAGGUGGUGAACCAGCUGCUGCCCAAGGCGCCCCCGCUGCAGCAGAUCCUGGACUUGCACGACUUCCAGGGGGACGCGUUCCCGCAGGACGAGUACCUGGAGGAGGACGAGUACCACGCCACCACCGAGACCGUCCUCAGCAUGGCCCAGCACACGGACCCGGUGGUGCAGAUAGAGGGGAACCCCCACUGCUGCUACUUCAACUUCAGCCCCAAGAUCAUGUUCACCAAGGUGGUGAAGGCCCAGCUGUGGGUGUACCUGCGGCCCGUGCAGCACACCUCCACCGUCUACUUGCAGAUCCUGCGCCUCAAGCCCGUCACCGAGGAGGGCAGCCGCCACAUCCGCAUCCGCUCCCUCAAGAUCGACCUGCACUCCCGCCUCGGCCACUGGCAGAGCAUCGACUUCAAGCACGUGCUGCAGAACUGGUUCAAGCAGCCGCAGAACAACUGGGGCAUCGAGAUCAACGCCUUCGACCCGAACGGCAACGACCUGGCCGUCACCUCCCUCGGCCCCGGAGCGGAAGGGCUGCAUCCCUUCAUGGAGCUCCGUGUGCUGGAGAACAACAAGCGCUCGCGGCGCAACCUGGGGCUGGACUGCGACGAGCACUCCACCGAGUCCCGCUGCUGCCGCUACCCGCUGACUGUUGACUUUGAGGCCUUCGGCUGGGACUGGAUUAUUGCCCCUAAGCGGUACAAAGCCAACUACUGCUCGGGCCAGUGCGAGUACAUGUUCAUGCAGAAGUACCCGCACACCCACCUGGUGCAACAGGCCAACCCCCGGGGCUCGGCCGGGCCCUGCUGCACCCCCACCAAGAUGUCCCCCAUCAACAUGCUUUACUUCAAUGACAAACAGCAGAUUAUCUACGGGAAGAUCCCGGGCAUGGUGGUCGACAGAUGCGGCUGCUCUUAAAGCCCAGCCGGAGCUCCCCCAGCCCCGCUCCCGUGCUCCCAGCCAACCAGCAAGCGUCAUCUUUGCUUCCCCCCCUUUUUUAUAGAUAUAAAAAGAACGAACAUUAAAAUUCUUUUGUGAAUGUCGGGGGAGGGGGGAGAGACAGAACCCCCCCAAGAAAAACUAAGCAAACCCAAACUCUCCCGCGCUUCGCCAUGCACUGUGCAAUAAGCCAACGUCCCCACAUGGGGGGCAGCUGGGGCACCGCUUUCCUCCCAAGGCAAGCCUGCAAAGGCCUUAUCCCCCCCUCAACCCCACCCAGCCAUCGGCAGCAGCAACCAGCUCUUACCGGGCUU